CGCAUCUUCAAUGUUUCGAAUCUUCCUGGCCACUGGUCUCGAGUACCUCCACUCGGACUGAUGAGAUACCCAGACAUCCGCGUGAUGUAUGGCCAAUCGACGAUGACGGGAGGAUGUAUUCUUUCUUGAUUAUGUUCUCAGCGUCUUCUGUAUUAAUAACCUUCUCCGGGGCUGGUCCUGAGCGUUCAUUCGCAUUUCUCAUUUCCCAGCAGGCUAGCUGGGCUUUUCAUCUUCUUCUCUGCCCUGACCAUUUUUCUUUUCAUUUUGUUCAUACCUGGUCAGGGUUUAACGUGGUUAUGCCAGAAAGUCAGACAGAUGGCGACAUUCGGUUAUUUUCUUGGAUUCUUCUGGAUUGGCGUCUGCAUAUUUUGCUUGAAGCAAUCCUGUCAUGUAGCACAUUGAUAAUGGUGCCACUAUCGAGGCGGAGCUGAGACAACCUCCGUCCGGAUUGUGCGCACGGCUGAUAUGGAGACAUUUCUCAGGUCCAACCUGAACCAUGAAACACCACCAACUGCCCCACGCGCUGCUCGUAGCAAAU